CUUUCGCAUGAGUAAAUAUAAUCGAAGGUAAUUUAUUAUUUUACAUUAAUAUUUACAUUUUUAUGUGUCAGUUAGUAUUGAUUAAAUAUUAAUUUUAAAGCUUAUAAUGUCAAAAAAAAAGAUUUUUGUGACUUAUCAACCCGGCAACAACGUCGACGUGUACUUAACCUAACAAAUAAGAUUUUAAUUGAAGAUUCAAACAUAAAUAAUGUAUCGAUAAAUUGUAAUAAUGUUAACAACAAUCACGAUGAUAUUGAAACUGACAAUGAGAGUAAUCAAUUUGUGACACACGAAAAUGAUUACAAUAAUAUUUCCGAAAUGUCCAGUAACAGUGACACAUCUAUCAAAAAUGAAAAUUUUGCUUUUGAUAUACAAAACGAUAAAAUAUCAGAUAUCACACAUAAUUCAUGUUCCUGGAUUGUAAAACAUAAUAUAAGUCAUGCAGCAGCAAACGAUCUUUUAGAAAUUUUAAAGAAACAUAAUCACAAAAGUUUGCCAAAAGUUGUGAGAUCUUUAAUGAAAACACCACAAAAUGUACAAUUAAAUAUUGUGCCUCUUUCUCCAGACGGAAAAUAUGUACAUUUUGGAUUAAAAGAUGGCAUCAGAGCUUAUUGUUUUCAGGUAACGUUUCUCGAACGUAUUGGUGGCACUAACGCAGCAGAGAACGUUAAAGCAAUAUUGAAAAGGAUAUUUACCAACAAACUUGGUACGCAAUGUAGCUGGUUGGACCAAAGAAGCAAUUUUAAAAUUUGUGAUCUCUCAGUAAUAGCAAUAAUUAAAGAUGUAAUAUUAUCAGGACACAAUGAAUUUCAAGAACUACAUUUUUGCAAAGCCGUGAGCGAGUGGUUUCGUCUUAGCACAUUGUGUCUUUCAAGAGAGCAUACACAAGUCAACGCAGAUAAUCCUUCCAAAAAAAAUUAAAAUAAAUCAAAUAUUAUCAUUUUUAUUUUUACAGUAUUUUCUUACAGUAUUUGUAUGUUGCAGUAUCAUC